AGAAAGAGAAAGAUAGAUAUAUUAUGAUGGGGUUAAUGUUUGAAAUUACGUAUGUUGGAGUAUGUAAAAUAUUUAAGUGAGUGUAGGUUAAAAGCUAGAAGGAGAUCCUGAAGCCGAAAAGACGAAAAACAGAGAGCUAGUUUUGGGAAUCAGCCGUGAGGGGGUGGAGAGGCAACCCUAGCCUCCUUGCUUCUACUUAGGACGUUGUGGAGAAGAGUGAGUGAUCUUGCAACCAUCGGGAGUCUAGCAGGCGUGAGAGACACCGUUGAAAGAAGAAAAUCCAGGGAUUGUGCAAUUGCAAUGGAGCUCUCAGAAGAAUGGAAAUCAUUCUUCCCUGUGGGUUCCUCUACAGUAGCUCCUCUUCUUCUCUCUGGUUCCCCUUCUCUCCAUUUGGGUCCUCUUCACUUCAACCCUAACCUUAAUUCGCUCUCCCUUAUCUUCUCUUCCACCUCUCUGCAACCCUCUCUUCACUACACUCCAUACCUCUUACCUUCACGAUUCCUUCUCUCUUCCCACCCUUCUUCCAUUCUCCCAUCCACCGCUUCCUCCAUCGCCUCCCUCUUCUCCUCCACCCAACAAAACGACACCGCUUCCCCAUUCCUCCGCAACCGCCUUCACCUCCUCACCUACCCCCAUCGCCCUUAUGCCCUCAUUUUAUUCCCCGCCGGUGACAACGACCACAAGCUCGCAUUUUUCACGCUCCGCUUCGAGGACUCUCGCUUCCAUACUCAGCUCGAUACUAACGGCGACAUUUUUUAUGCAUCUACAGGCUCCUCGCAUCGUAUCUUGAACAUUUCUGUUAACCCUGUUACUGAUUAUGACGAGGUUGAUGGAGUUAUCGGGUAUUUUCUGGCUACUACUUUGUAUUCCGUUCAUUGGUUCGCUGCGAGGCACAAUCAAAUUUUGGAUAGACCUAGUGUGGUAUGUUUGGGUGAUAAGAUGUUUAAGACUUGCCCUGUGGCGCAUGCUUGUUGGAGUCCUCAUAUAUUGGAGGAGAGUUUGGUUUUGUUGGAGAGUGGCCAUUUGUUUUUGUUUGAUUUGGAGUGUUUUGGCUCUGGUGCUAGUUUCAAAGGGACUAGGUUGAAGGUGCCCUGGAAUGAUUCUUCAGAGAGUAAGGUGUGGCUGAGUUGUGAGUUUAGUUGGCACCCCAGGAUUUUGGUUGUUGCGCGUUCGGAUGCUGUUUUCUUGGUUGAUUUGAGGCUGAAAGAGUGUAGUGUGAGUUGUUUGAUGAAGAUCGAGAUGCUGCGAAUGUAUGCUCUGGAUGAGAAUGAGGGGUUUCUUGCGUUGUCAAGGGCUGCUCCGGACAAUUUUUACUUUGUUGUGGCUUCUACUAGUGUUUUGCUCCUAUGUGAUGUGAGGAAGCCUUUGGUGCCGGUUUUGCAAUGGGUGCAUGGGAUUGAAGGGCCUAGCUUCAUGUCUGUAUUAAGGUUGUCUGAUUUGAGGUUCCACUCGAAGGAGGAUGCUUUUAAGGUGGCUUCUGAAUCUGGGUUUUGUAUUAUGUUGGGAUCCAUUUGGAAUUGUGAGUUCAAUAUCUUCUGCUAUGGGUCUAUAUUACCAUUUCGCAAAGGGUCUGUUACUUCAAAGAUUAGCCCAGCCAUUUGUGCUUGGGAGCUUCCACUUGAGAUUAAUUUGUCUGGUCAUGAGUGUCAUUGUGGAAGUUGUCUCUUAAGGAAAGAGUUCUCGAAGGAUGCGCUUCCUGAGUGGACUGAUUGGCAGCAAAAGAAAGAGAUAGUUUUGGGAUUUGGCAUUUUAAGCAAUAAACUUGCUGCAUUACUCACUGAACCUGAUGAAAAUGGGGGUUUUACACUGAUAAGGCUUACUUCAUCGGGAAAGUUUGAAUUGCAGAGAUAUCGUGCCUCUUGGGCUCGGACCAGAAACUUAGAAGAUUGUCCAGAUCAAGUAUUGUGUUUAAAUAGACACUUACUGUAUCCCAUGAGUGAUGAGGAUUACAAAUUUCCAAAAAAUUAUAACUACUUAAAAUUGGAUUACCUUGACUCAUAUGUAAGUGGUGGACUCACUCGAUUCCUGGUUAGAAAACUAAAAAGAAACUUUAAGGAUGCUCAUGACAAAGAACUUAGCCCAGAAGUGCAUGAGUUAUUGUGUGAGAAAUUAAAUGCUUGUGGAUUUGGUCAAUUAAGAUCCUGUCCUGAAGUUGCUUCUGUUUUUAAUGAUGUCAAGCUACCAGCAAGCUUACAUGAGGUUGCUUGGAGAAGAAUGUGGGCUGACUUACCUAUGGAACUGUUACAGUUGGCGUUUUUGAGUCGUGCUGAAUGCCAUAAAGUUGUUGGAAACUUGGAUCACAAUAGGAUGGCAUUGGAAUCGUUAGCUGUUCCCGAACUUCCUCAAUUGCCUCCAUUCUUUUUAAGGAAAUCUUCACCGCACGACAAUAAUGACAUUGUGGGUCCAGUUAUUCCUUUUCCUGUUCUUCUUGUGGUUAAUAAAUUUCUCAAUGAGUGCUCAAACUUGGAAGAAGGUGAAUUUUCAGUAGAAACAGAGCUUAGCCUCAAAUACAAAGAAGUUAUGCAGGUGGCUGGCGAGAUUGUUGUCUCAGCUUAUGGGCCUACACACCUUGAUGAUCAUGCAGUCUCCCUUGCUGAGGAUAGAGACGAAACCUGGGCUGGAUAUUCGAAACCAAAGUCUUUUUUGUUGUAUUGUCCAGUUUCAUUCAACUCGUCUGCAGCCGACCAUGUAGAUGAAAAGUCUAUUUAUAGUGAUGCAAAUUAUGAUACAUUCAUUUCUCAUAUCCCAGAGAAGAAGUCCACUGAGCAGACUGAAUCUGUUGGCCAAGAGAUAUUUGAUGAUCUUUCCCCUGUUGAAUUGAGAUUUGAUGCUCCUGCGAAGAAGCUCGAACCUCUAGGUUUAAAGGCAUAUGAUCUAUUGAAGAAACAGAUGUCUAAAUGGCAACAAAGUUUUGAUUCGUAUAAGGAAUUUUGUAUUCAAUCUAGAUUUGAAAAAAAAUAGUUAACGGGUGAUACCUCUUUUGUUCAUUGUCUUCCCCUUAAAACGUGGAUAUCUUAGAAGCAACUCAAUCCCCUCCUCCUCCUAUAUGUUGCUUUUGGUUGAUUCUUGGAGAUAGGCAUGGUUGGUGUAAUUUUAUGUAAGUAGUUGACAAUUAAAGAAUGUAGAAUUGAAGAAGCUGCUCCUGGUGAAAAGAGGCUCUUAUCAAUUUGAAGAGGAAGUAGGCAGCUAGUUCUCAAAAACUCUAAUGUAUUUGGCCGAUUUUAUACUGCUUCCUCCCAUCAUUCUUAGUCUGUAUAGGGGAAGAUGAUCUUCUUUUGUGGCUGGCAAAGGUGGUUUUGUCUGCGACAUUAACUCGAGAUCCAGGAAGGCUUGUUCAGCUUAAUUUGCGUCACCCUUUGUUCCUCAGUGCUGGCAAAAUGCGGUAUAGGCUCCCAGAAAAUUUGGAAUCAUUCAAACUGAUUUGUGAAAGAAAGGUCAAACCCCUGUACUUGGUUGCCCUUUUGAAAUCCCUAGGAGAAGAAAAAUGCAUAGUUUUUACAAGAUUUGUGGACUCAACACAUCGUCUAUGCAAAUUGCUGAAUUGUUUUGGAGAUCUGCAAAUUGACAUCAAAGAGUAUUCUGGUCGUCAACAUCAACGUGUAAGAAGCAAGACACUGAAUGAGUUUAGAAAACGGCAGUUUCAAGUGCUUGUAUCUUCUGAUGCAAUGACUCGUGGAAUGGAUGUAGAAGGUGUAAGAAAUGUUAUUAAUUAUGACGUGCCCAAAUACAUAAAGACUUAUGUUCAUCGAGCUGGCAGGAUUGCAAGAGCUGGCCAGACUGGGCGUUGGUUUACAUUGAUGUCAAAUGAUGAGGUAUGAAGUUCUCUUGUCUCAUUCAUGGUCGUUUCUUGUGCUAGAUCGAGUUUUAUGACAUUUGAGCCAUGAAAGAGGCUAAAUUACGACUUCAUAAUGACUACUAACUAGAUUCAACAAUUACUUUCUUUUCCCAGUAGGUUUUUUUACUCACUAAGCAACUAAGUUGGUCUCUAAUAUAGAUUAGGUGAUUUGUUCAGUAGUGUUAGGAACCCAGAAUUGAAAAGAGAAAGAAGAGUAAUAUUUUUUAUUGAAAAGAACGCAAAAUAAGAGAUCACUCUCUCCUCCAAGGGUUUCUCCUUCACAAAGAACUAAAGCUCAAUCUACAAAAUUAUCAUCCUCCCUCCCAAGGAACUAAUUGGUCUACUUAUAUAGACCAACUCCCAACUGACAACACUGCCUCCACUUAUAUUUUCAUCCGUUCCUUUAUUCACUACUUCCUUUAUUUGAGUGAAGUCUGGAUCUGGGUGGUGAUGAUGGUAUAGUGGUGAGUGAGAUUUCAGGAAAUGGCCCCUGCAGCUUCGUCGAACAUGGUGCCUGCAUCUCCACCACCAAGCUUCAAAAGAAAUGAUCCAAGGAAACCGAAUAAGAAAACACUGUAACCAAAUCCAGUGUGAAACACAAACCCAAACACAAAAGGAACCGAAUACCAAUGUUUGCGAACCAAAUACACCCUUCUACAAAUUUCAUUUCAGCCCAGUGUUAUUCAUCCUCUGCAGCUUCAAACUCCUCUUCAACCAUCAUCUUCAGAUGGCUAUCUUUAUUGUAAGGCUUCAGGCAAUGAAGCUCAACAACUCAGAAAUCUUUGCUGAAGCACGUGCAUAACAGUUUAAGGGUAAAUCAGAGAUUGUACCAUAAAUUCCUCCAAAUCUCUUCAUUCUUGCGGGUGAUCAAAAAUUGAUAAAAUUGAUACAUCCCGCAAAUCAUUGCAAUUCCUUCCUCGCAAUUCAAUUCCAACCCGAACUAAAAAUCUUAAAACUAGUAUUUUAAUAUUCAUAUUAAUAGUCAAUUACAUUUAAACCAAUAUAAAAUAUCAAAGAAAUUGUGUCCAAUGCAAAUGCACAUUUCUUUCUCUUAAGUCAAAAGUGCAUGUCUGUAAUGUGCUUAAGUGAAAGAUGAUCUAACACACCACUUCCUAAAGUUUGAUUAUGUGGACUAGUUUUAGAGAUCCAGAUUAAGUUAGAAAAUAAUUUACCUGAUACUAAUUUAAAAAAUAAUUUACGUGAUACAAAGUAGAACGUAAAGAACAUCUUAUUGCAGCAUUCUAAUUUAAUUUUGUAUACUACAUUAAACUUAAAUUGGGUUUAAUUCUUAAAUCUAUAUACUUUCUAGUGAAGAGUACUUGCAUUUUAACAUAUUAAUUUGUAUGUAAUUUGCCUUAACUGGAGUUUCAUUUCAAAGCUACAAUAAUUUUGUUAUCUGACAUCUUAACUGUGUAAGAAGAUUAGAUACCUCACUAUUGAGUUCCAGUUAAUCAAUACGUGGUAGCAUACUAUACAAUGAUUAUAUUUUAACAUUUUACAUACCCUUUUAGAGAUAUGAUUUUAUUAUAUGAUUUGAUUGUCCUUGGAUUGUGGUUCGUGCAACUUUUAUUAGUGUUGCCUCUUUGUUUUGCAUUGAAGAAGUAUGUCCCUCUCCUUAACCUGACUAUUUAUCAAAUAGAUUGUUCUGUAAUUUAUUGCACUGCAGCCAACAUAAUUGGGAUGCGAUCAUGCGACCAUUAAUUUAGGCUAUUGCACAUUAUUUGGGUUUUCCUCUCUUCUGAGUAAUUCAUUAGGUAAACAGUUUUAGGUUUUCUUUUCUUCUAAGUAAUUGUGACAAUGCUUUUCUUCCCAUCAGCUAUAUAUUUCAGAGAAUUGAUUGUGUAAAAAUUUGGAAGGUAAAUAUGGGUUUCUGCAUACAAAAUAUUUUUUUCUGUUGUGGAGGACCGUUGGACUGCAUGCACCUUUCAUUAGCUUUUGAAUUUGCUGUGUUAGGAAUUUAGUUUCAACCACUCAUUAUUAUUGAACGUUGCCAAGAAAUUUAGAGAUUUGGGUUUAUCUCAACUAAA